CAAAGUUUGACAAUGAAAGUCAUAAUUUUCUUUUGUGAUUUUUUUUGCAAUAAUAUUAUGAUUCAAGAUAAUUAAUUCAUUAUGGCUUUUCCUCAAAUGUUGUGUAAUAAAAGAUGCUAUCAAUGUUGUAAAUGUUGCGCAGACCAAUGCAACAGUAAUUUCAAAAAAGUCAUGGAUCUCAAAAAUUCGGGGUUAUCUGUUUACAUUCAUCAUAAAUGUAAAAAGAAAGCUCCGUUAUCAGAAGACAAGUACGACGCAAUCAUAUUAUUCAAUACCACUAAUAAACAUCACAAAGGAUCUACAUUUUUGUCUGAACUUGGGCAGCAUAGUGUCGAAUGUUUUAAAUGCAAAGAUAUCAUACAAAGAGUUCGCAAUUUACUGGCUGAAAUAAAAUGUAUUAAAGGAAACCAAACAAUUGGUGUGUGCGACUAUUGUAAGCAAGCAAAUAUUACUAACUGUAAGAGAUGUCAAUAUUUUGUAAAUAAGUUUAUGAACGACUCUGCAGAGGCCCAGGAGGCAAUGAUACAUUAUUUAAUUGCAUGGGUACGCAAAGUUAUGAAUUCUUUACAAUUUAGCGUAGAAGGUCACCUUGAUAAGCAUAAUUUACAUAUAAGGGACAAUUGUGUGGAAGAAUUACAAAGACUGCUAAGUGAAUUAGAAUCCCCAUCGUCCAUACGUCAACCUGAUUACUUUAAGACUGUAAUGAACAAAGUUAUGGCUGCGUUACAAACAAUGUUAGAAGGUUUCGUAGAUAAGUAUAAAUUGAAUGUAAAAGAUGAAUCUGUGGAAGAAUUACUGAGGGUUUUAAAUGAGUUUAAAACCUUGACUGCGAAGGGUCCUUUGUCCCGUCAACCAAACAUAGAGUACUUUCCAAUCGUAGAAGAAAUAAAAUCUUUAGACAACCUUAAAGUUAUGGAGCUGUUAGAUUUAUUAAUGUCUAGAUUAAAUACUCAAUAUGAAAUAACAGUAGGAGAUUCAGUAUCAUCCAUAAACACCUUAUUUGUUAAAGCCAAAGACAGUACAAAAAUAGUAAAGAAAUCGUCUUUUGAUAAUACGUCAUUUGAUGAAAAUGACAGAAAAAAUGCGGAAGUACGUGCUUUAAGAGGUGAAUUAAAUAAGAAUAAGGAAAAUAUACCUCCAGACAUUAAAAUUAAAAAAAGUGCAAGUAAAAGUGAGGAAAAAUAUAGAAAAAGGUCAGAAAAAGGGAAAGAAUUAUCUUCAGGUGCUUCGAAAAGUUAUACAAAAGCUGAGAAAAGAACUAUGACACAAAAAAUUACGACAUCUGAAGUAAAACAAAAAAAUAUUGACAGUAAAAAAAUUAAAAAAGGUGAAUCAAAAGAUCCAAAGACAAAAAACAAGAUAAAGGAUUCGUCUACAGAUAAAAUAGGAGAAUUAAAGACAAAAAAUAAGAUAAAGGAUACUUCGAAAGAUAAAAUAGGAGAACCAAAGUUAAAAAAGAAAGUAAAGGAUACUUCUAAGGAUAAAAAAGAAGAACGCGAAACUUCCAAAGAUAAAAAUGUAGACAAAGUAGACAAUAAAAUGAAAGAGAAACAGCUAGAAGAACGAAUGAUGAAAAAUAUUAUGCAAAAAGAAGGUAAAAAGAAGCAACAAACACUACAAGUGAAGAACACACCUUUACCUAACAUCAAAUUACAGUCAAUGCUAGAUUUACCCAUUCAAAAUAAAAUGGAAUUAGUAGAUAUCUCUAGCUCAAGCAUCCUGGAAUGUGUAGACACCAAAGGUAUUCCAAAUGUAAUGAUAAAACGACAGCACAUUGUACCACUGAACCCACAUUAUGGAAAACAAGAUGGUUCAACAAGUCCCGUACAGUAUCAAACAUUGAAUAGUAUUUCUGAUACGAUACUACAGUUAAAUGUAACGCAUAAGGCACAAGAUAUUGAGCCAGAUUAUAGUAGUUCCACAGGGAUUAAAAGUGUAAAGCAAGAAAUGCAAAAAAAUGUUUCUGAUAGAUCAAAUAAAGGACAUCAUGUACGUCAACAGACUUUUAAAAUUCCCUUGCUAUAUCACGUAUAUAAAAAUAUUUCAAGCCAUUCUCUCUCAAAUGUAUCUCCUCCAAAACCAAGUGUUGAAGAAUUACCUACUGUUACUAAACGAGAUAAAUCAUUGGAAGUAAACGAUAAAGGAGUAAUCAAAUAUCAACUAUCUGAUCCGGAUUGUAUAACUAAAGGAUGGACACGAUUGCCAAGUUUGAGAGUCAUGAGAAGGAUAAACAUGUACAGAAUGGAACCUGUUAAUACUGCUAAUAACUGGUUUGACCGGAACAAGAAGAGUACUGUCUUGUAUACCGGAAGUGACGAUGUGCUUGCUGAUAUCGAUGAAUUCGGAUAUGGAAAGUUGUUCUACAAAAAUGGCAGAGUCGCUUUAGAUUAUUAUAAAGCUGAAGAACCAAACGUUAAUUAUAGAUAUGUCAUAUAUAGUGAUGGAGAGCCAAAGAAUGGAUUUCCAGAACCUGUUACUAUUUUGGGAGUUUUCGAUGGUAUUGGUUGUGGUAUCGUUUAUGACAAUUAUGGACGUGAAAGGUUAAAAUAUAAUCAAUCUGAAGGGAUAGUCAUAGACAAAUCCAUCGACUCACCAUGCAAGUGGAAGUGGCAUACCUUAAACGACCCACCCGUUUUGCAGCCAGUAUUUUUGGAUACAUUUACAAAAGACACAAGUACGCUCAAACACAUUGAAUCUGAAAGUGGAAGUGCGUACGCGCAAAAUAAGAAUGUCGAUAUGUUGGCAAUCGAAUUACAGAACUUUUUGAAGGAAAAAGCUGACAAGCUACUUCAAAAAUUCAAAGCUUUGGAAAUUAAGUCAAAAACUUUGAAGUUGAAUCAACAGUUUUCAUUGCAAAUUCUACGUCAGACUGUUAUUUACCUGGUGUUUCGGGAAGAACUAACUUCUCUUAAGCUUAACUUGGGCUUGACGUUAAUUAGCAAUGAUAUUAUUGGCACGGAAUCGCAAGAUGUGGGAGAUCUCUUUACGUCGUACAAUCAAAUUCCGCCGAGAUCAAAAAGUGUAGAAAAUAUUCAGCAAAUUUUAUAUACAGCCAAAAGGGCAAAAAAGAAAAAAAUAUCGCCUAAGUACUUUUUUUAAAUUCUUAAUGAUAGUGUCACUUUUUUUAUUACAAUGAGAACAAUGUUGUUUUUAAACAAUGUAUAAAAUUG